AUGCUCCAGCUUGCAUGCUGUUGUGGCAGCGCAGCAUGUUCGUUAUGUUGUUCAGCCUGUCCAACGGCAAGGAAUUCGACUACCACUCGUAUAAUGUACGCAGUGAUGCUCUUUGUGGGCACUUUUGUCGCAUGCAUUAUGUUGGCUCCAGGAAUACAACAGAAAAUGGCUGAUAAUAACUGGUUCUGUCAAGGGUUAAGCGAAUUUGCUGGUAUAAAUUGUGAACGAGCGACAGGCUUCCAGGCUGUGUACAGGAUGUGUGCAGCAAUGGCUUCAUUCUUCUUCAUUUUCAUGCUGAUAAUGUUUGGGGUCAAAACGUCGAAAGAUCCGAGGUCACCUAUUCAGAAUGGAUUCUGGUUCUUCAAAUACCUCUUAUUGGCUGGGCUGACGGUUGGAUUCUUCUUUAUUCGUAGUGAGCAUUUGUCGACGCCUCUUAUGUGGUUCGGCAUGAUUGGAGGAUUUUUGUUCAUUCUGAUCCAGCUGAUAUUAAUUGUUGACUUUGCUCAUGGUCUUGCUGAAAGCUGGGUAGAAACAUAUGAAGAAAAUGAAUCGCGUUGGUGUUAUGCCGGUUUGCUGACGUUCACGUUUGGUUGUUAUGCCGUUGCAUUAACAGCAAUUGUCCUCAUGUUCAUAUUCUACACCACGGGGGCAACUUGCGCUUUGCCGAAGUUUUUCAUUUCGUUCAACAUGAUUUUGUGCAUUGGAGUCAGUAUCUUAUCGAUCACGCCCUUUGUGCAGGAAAGAAUGCCCCGCUCUGGUUUACUUCAGUCAGCAUUCAUUUCCAUCUACGUUAUGUAUUUGACUUGGGCAGCUCUUGUCAAUAACCCUGACAAACCAUGUAACCCAUCGCUUAUCAGCAUUUUCACAAAUGCUACUCGUCCAGGAGACAAAGAUGAACACACUUUUGGCACACCAGUCCCAGCGCAGUCAAUCAUAUCGUUGGUUCUAUGGUUUUUAUGUCUUCUGUAUGCUUCCAUUCGAACAUCAACAAACUCUUCACUUGGCAAGAUCACUGGUGGAGGUGAAAAUGUCCAACUGAGUGGGUCACGCGACGCGAUUGUCGCCACAAGCGAGGACGAAGAAUCUGGAUCAGCCAACUCCUCCCGACGUGUAUGGGAUAAUGAGACUGAGGGAGUGGCAUACUCCUACUCGUUUUUCCAUUUCAUGUUUGGAUUGGCUUCAUUGUACGUAAUGAUGACUCUCACCAGCUGGUACAACCCUGACAAUGAUCUUACACAUCUGAACAGCAACAUGGCAUCCGUGUGGGUGAAGAUCGUUUCUUCCUGGCUCUGUGUUGCCCUGUAUGGAUGGACUCUGGUUGCACCUGCUUUGUUCCCUGAUAGGGAAUUUUAG